UGGGCAGGGUGGCUCACUGUCCCUGGAGUGGAAGGGCAGCAGCGGCUGGCCAAGUGGGUGUGCAGGUGAGGAGCAGGCAGGCUGCAGGGUAGAGGCGGUGGACAGUCAGUCGGUGGGGAUGCAGGGCAGGGUACCUGUAACAGUCCCAGAGGGUGGUGUGGGCUCAGCUUAGCCUCUCCGCAUGAGAUCAUAUGCAGGCCUGGGUGACCUGAACUCCCUGGGCCUACCUGUCAGCACGUCGACUUUGCAGGACAAAGCUGGUCCUGGAUUUGGACAGGCUGAGUAGGUAGGCAUGUGGAUGGAUCCAAGGGGAGGGUGGUGACCCCAGGAGACAGCUGUACCAGGCCUGGCCCCUCACCUCCCUGGCCCUCAGGUGGCAGCCUGUGGUGGGGCCUGGCCUGCCUUUCUCCCCUGGACAGUAACAAGUGUCACAAAGGAGGGCCUGCUGGGCCUGGUGGGUAGGGGUGAGCAGCACAGACCUCCCCAUUCUCAGCAGGAAUCCAGCCAAGUCCCCAGGGCGGCCACGCAGUGCUGGGGUGUGGACCCAGGAGUGCCCAACUCCAAAGCCCUGAGAUACCUUCCCUGGCUUCAGGCCGGCCCUCCUCUCAGGUCACCUCUCUUCUGGGUCACCCUUCAUCAUCCUCAUGCUGGUGGCUCCCAGCUUUCUUCUGACCCCAAAAGUGCCUGGCGUCAUGUUAAUUCUUUCCUCUGUUCAGGCAGUAUUGGCUGUCUUCCUUGUGCCAGGCACGGCUUCCCACCUCUGUCCCUGUGCCCAGCUGCACCCACCCUCUUCCCCCAGCAAGCUGCAGUGUUUACCCCCCAGGGCUCUCCCCCCCCCCCCCGUGGGCUGCAGUGUUUACCCCCCCCCAGGGAGCCACAGUGUUUAUCCCCCCAGGGCCCUCCCCCAGGGAGCUGCAGUGUUUACCCCCCAGGGCCCUCCCCCAGGGAGCUGCAGUGUUUACCCCCCCCAGGGCCCUCCCCCAGGGAGCCACAGUGUUUAUCCCCCCAGGGCUUUCCCCCAGGGAGCUGCAGUGUUUACCCCCAAGGGCCUUCCCCAAGGGAGCUGCAGUGUUUACCCCCCAGGGCUCCUCUGGGGCUGGCCCAGGACCUUCCCGUCAGAGCCUCCCCCACCGUUUUGGCCUCAACUGAUGUGUUGCUUUCUCUGAGUGCCCACUCUGCUGCAGAAUUCCUGUGCACUUCUCUGGGAAUGCCCGGAGCCUCUCCCUCCCCUAGGACUUGGAGCUCUAGGACCUGGGUCAGCCUUCACUGUGUGUUCUUUGGGCUCCAGCCCUCUGUGAAUGAAGGCUCUGCUCAUGUCAGGGUUCAGGGAGGGGGUGGUGCCACAGUCAGCCAUGUGAAAACAUGCGGAGGGAGGCCCAGCCUAGGAGAGAGGCCUGGACACACCUGGCGGGACAUAGAUCGUGGCUGUGUGUCCUGAUGAGCCACCCUCUACUGCUGUGAGUAUGUGUGUGUGUUUACUGCCGAGGGGCCGUGUCCCCAGCCAGAAUGCAGGUCCUCCAAGUGCAGGUUCCGCUGCCUAUACUCUGCUGCUGUAUGGCCUUCAUCACCUGCCCUGCUCAUCACCCGCCCAGAGCAGGGCCCACAUGCUGUGGGGGCAGUGUUGAAUGAAUGAGGGGAUUUUAUUGUUGAAGAGCUUAGACUGUGUCAAAGUAGAGUUUAGAAUAACAAAACAUUUUUUAAAUGCAAUCUAAAAAAAAAAAAAAACUACAAUCUUAGAUCUUCAAGCCUUAUUCCUGUGUCAAUUAAAAAUUAAAGUACUCCCACCCCUCCCCUCCCCUCCCCUCAUUUCAAACAUGGCCCCUUGCCACAGCCAAGCGCUCCAUCCGCACCCCCCACGCCCCUGGGACCAACAAGAUGGACCAGGUCUCCGCUGGGGACCCAGGCCUCAGGAAGGCCUCUCCUGCCUUCUCGCAGCAGCCUGGGAGGCCCAGGAAAACCAGGAUCCAGGCUGGCUGGAGGAGCUCCUCUAAUCCAGUAAAGCGACAGGCCCCUGCUCACACAUUUCACUGGCCGUGCCCACGUUAUGCUGUCACCCGGACCCGCUGCAGCUUGGAGAGGGGCUGACAACAAGCCCCGACCAGGCAACCCUGCCCUCCGCACCUGAGUCCGCUCACAGGCUCCAGAGAACCAGGGCGCCCUGAGGACGCGGCUCCCACCCAGGGAAACCGGCCUAAGGCUGGCAGGGCUCCGCUCCCCAGCUCCUGACGUCCUGAUGGUGGGCCAGGGUCCGGACCUUGCCUGCCCCGGUCUUGCAUCAGAAUCAGGGCGGAUGAUUCCUCCUGGAAGCUAAGCUGCCCAGCGGCCACCCGCCAGUGCUUUCCCGGACUCUGCAGCGUCCCCGCGAGGGACACCCACCAGGCACGCUCCAGGGCGCAGACCUCCGGGACAGAGUCAGAGGAACCCCACCCUUUCCGACCCUUCGCCUUUGAGUGGAGUCUCUCAAGCUGCCUUCUCGCCUCCCGCACAGGUGCCACAUCCUCGGCCAGCAGUGCUGCACCGCGAGGAGUAUAGGGUGCCCCGCCCCACGCGGCGCCACGCGGUGCCUCGCUCUCUCGGGCCAAUGAGCAGCGGCGGGGAGGGACUAGAGCGCGGCGCCCGGAAGGGAGUGGGCGGGGCGUAAAGUCACGGUAGCCAAUCGACGAUGACGGGGGCGGGGCGGCGUAGCCCAAUUGGCGGGGCCGAGGGCGUGGGGCGGGGCAAGGCCAGGCCCGGCCGUGGCGAGAUGGCGGCGGCGGCGACGCAGGGGAUGGAGCCGCUUCGCGUGGGCUUCGUGGGCGCGGGACGUAUGGCGGAGGCCAUCGCGCAGGGCUUCAUCCGAGCAGGAAAAGUAGAAGCUCAGCACAUCCUGGCCAGUGCACCAACUGACAGGAACCUCUGUCACUUCCAGGCUCUGGGCUGCCGGACCACCCACUGCAACCGGGAGGUUCUGCAAAGCUGCUUGCUGGUCUUUUUCGCUACCAAGCCUCAUGUCCUGCCCACUGUCCUGGCCGAGGUGGCCCCUGUGGUAACCGCUAAGCACAUCUUGGUGUCUGUGGCUGCUGGGGUCUCUCUGAGCACCCUGGAAGAGCUUCUCUCUGACCAGCUGCUACCCCCAACUGCACGGGUGCUGCGGGUCUCACCCAACCUGCCCUGCAUGGUUCAGGAGGGGGCCAUGGUGAUGGCACGGGGCCGCUACGCCGGAAGCAGCGAGGCCAAGCUCCUGCAGACCCUGCUGGAGGCCUGUGGGCAGUGCGAGGAGGUGCCUGAGGCCCACGUGGACAUCCACACCGGCCUCAGCGGCAGCGGCGUGGCCUUCGUGUGUGCCUUCUCUGAGGCCCUGGCCGAAGGUGCCAUCAAGAUGGGCAUGCCGAGUGGCCUAGCCCACCGCAUUGCGGCUCAGACCCUGCUGGGGACAGCUAAGAUGUUGCAGCAGAAGGGGCAGCACCCAGCUCAGCUGCGGACAGACGUGUGCACCCCGGGCGGCACCACCAUCUACGGGCUCCACGCCCUUGAGCAGGGUGGGCUUCGGGCUGCCGCCAUGAGUGCCGUAGAGGCUGCCACCUCCCGGGCCAGGGAGCUCAGCGGGAAGUAGGGAACGGGCAUGGGCUGUGGGCUGCCCCCAGUCCCUCCUUCCUUGCCCCUUCCCCAGGACUGCAGCUCCCCCACCAUGCAGGAGCCUCCUGGCUGCCCCCCGACCUCCACACGAGGAAAUGAGGGACAGGCCUGGAGGGUUUCACAGGCAGGGGAUCCCCUCACCAUGGGAACUUCCCCCCCACCCACCGCAGGGCAGAAGGCACCAUGGCAGUGGCCCACCAUCAGGUCUCGGGAUGUGCUGGCCAGCUGCCCCGUGUGCUCAGCUGGGUGGGUUGAGGGCAGGAGCAGGGCUGCUGCUGGAGCAUCUGGGUAGGCCCUUCCGACAGCUGUCUGACUGCAGCCGGUUCGGGAGCGGGGGCUAGGGGGUACCCGGACACUGCACAAGAGACCGGCUCCUCCUCCUCAGUGAAGCCAGCACCGGUAGGCCCCCACAACGGUCUUGUCCUCGGGUUGACCUGCCAUGGCGGGGGGCGUCACCCACAGGGAGCUAGCCCCUGAGAAAACAAUGGGGUUGGCUGCCCUUUGCUCUUUUUCUGGCUCGGGAGGAGCUGCACCGGUCCUUCCCUUGGGGAGCCCCCAUGAACAGAGCCCUGGGUGGGUGGGCCGCAGUGCUGAUCAGCAGCAGGCCAGUGCAGGGAGGCUGGGCCUAGCUGGCUGCGGAACAGGGACUUGGCUUUAGCUGGGUGUGGACCCCCUUCCCCAGCUAAGCUGGCAAGUGGCAGGUGGAGCCGGCCCUGAUGACCGUUCCCUGGGUUGUCCUGGAGGGUCUCCUGGCCUGGCCUCUGACUGCAGGACAUGGCUCUUUGGCACAUCCCUGGCCAGCAAAGCCAGGAACUUGGGUCCCCCACCAAGGCCAUGGGGCCUUUGGGUGGAGGGUGGGCUGCCUGCCUCUUUCCCCCCACACUGCCCCCGAGACUCCUGGAGCCUCCCCAACCCACAAAGGCCCCGGAGUGCUGGAGCUCCCCUCACUUCCACCCGGUGGCCUACCGAGACUGGGCCAGCCACAAAGUGGAGCAAAUUGCCUCCAGUUUACCAGCUGAGACUUGAAGCAAACCAGCCCUAUCUGUACGUGGCUGAUAGCACCCCCACAGCAGUGCUCCCCUGCUCACGCUCCUGUCCUCCAUCCCUAGCCUUCAGCCUGUCCUCCCACGCACAUCCCCAGACCUGCUGCCCCCCUACCCCAUGGUCCUUCCUUGGCCAACUGGCCCUUCCUCCGGUUAGAAGGGUCAGCCCGAGGCCAUUUCCACACCUGAGUGAUCUGUGAGAUGGGAAUAAAGGCGCUGUCUGCUAGCACCGAGUGACCGAUGUCUAGGCUGAUAAAGCAGAUUGCAAGGGCCUGGAAGUACAUCUGAGCUGAAGCUUGAGACCUGGGAGCAGGUGGUUUGGGGGCAGAGGUCACCCACCCUGGCUGUAUGGCACCAGCAUCUGAAAGCUCUGCAC